AAGCUACAGUGUCUACUUUAAUCCAAAUGGACCGCGUAAGUUCUGGCGGGCACACAUCUUUCCAAUAUGAAUUCAUUGAUUCGUCCCUUUUUUUAAUGGUACUUUGGUUGUCGUGGCCUCUACCUUCAGGCUGCCAUUUCGGUGCCGUGGGACGCACCGCAGCAGAAUCGUAAAACUCGUACACAAUAAGGGGACGCCUUCUACCCUCUACUUGUUCAAAUCCUCGCCCGGUCUUCAUCCAGUGCACUCUUAAUAUACUGGCACCUUUCACUUCGACCGGCACUUCACCAGAAACUCUUUCCAUCUAACCUCCCCACAACCCAACUCCCACCAUGUCCACGACACUAGACCAACAAAAAGAGGCCGCACUAGCGUUACUCUCUGGUAUGCUUACAACAGUUCUACAAAAAGAGUGGAAAAUAACAGACCGCCUAUCGGCACAGUCCGCCCUCCUCGACGCACUCCUUCCCAAGCCAGCACCAGUUCCCAUCACCGCAAUCAAGAAACAAGACAUCUUUCACAUAGGUGAUAGGGUCUUUGACCUCGGCCCCGAACACGAAUCAGAAGCCAGUCCUGACGACGACGCUCCGAUUAGGAAUGCCCGCCAGCUUAAGAGCGAGAUGCGCAGGGUCAAGGCGAUUCAGAGACGGGCGAAUCGACGGGCUGCGAGGUGUCAGAUGAGGAUAGCUGCUCAUCUCGGCAAGACAGAAGCUAUACCGGAAUUCGAAACCUUGAAGAUGGUUGAGGAGCCGCUGGAUCAACGGAGCAACCCUAUUGUUCUGGAUGAGGAUGCCAUAGAGGUCACACCGACUGUGAAGACUACGGACAGUGUUGCGGAAACCCCGGUGAGGAUGUUGAAGGAGUUGGAGGACUACAGUAGUCCUGCGCGCAGUACUCCGCUUAGCUCUGCGCUUACGUCGCCGAAAAGCGCUGAGUUCAGUCCUCUGGUCAGCGAGAUCGAGCAGGAGGUUGCCGACUACGAUGGUGUCGACAGCCCUAUGUCGGACCCCGUACAGGUGCCCGGGCGACUACAAGGUUACUCCUGCGAAGCCUGCGACUUCAAGACCCACUACGCUCAAAACUACACACGGCAUUUACAGGGAACAAUGCACCGGAAUAAGGUAGCAGGGUGCCUACAGCGCAAAGGACCAAACAUCAAAUUCGUCAAAAAGGCAUCUAGCCAGCGACAAGAGCGCGUGAAAAAGGAUGCCCUCGGGCGACCACAGCGCCACUGCACCGACUGCGACCGCACGCUUCUAGCCUCCCACUGGACAUGCCACAUCAAAGGUCGAAUGCAUCAAGACAAUGCUGCGAGGGACAAGCAAUCUCCUCCUUUACAGGGCACGAAGACUCGAGAAGAUUACGUGAAAAGCCUAAAGCGGUAUUGCAAGAAUUGCGAUCGCCAUUUCACUUCAAACAAUUGGGGUGGCCAUUUGAAGGCGCGAGCGCAUUUGAAGAAUGUGGCGAAGGUCAAAGAGGAGGAGGAAAGCAUGGCAAACUACGAUUCCGCCACGGAUGAGGAGAUUAUCGUAUAUGAUAAUGCCACGGAUGAGGAAUCUGCGUCGCCAUCACCCUCGCCAUCAUCCUCUUCCUCACGCUCUUCCUCCUCCUCUCUCCUAUCCGUCUCGCCCAUAACCUUCUCCCACGACGGCACGUCAGUCGCCGACCUCGCCUCAACUCCUUCACUCACAUCCUCCGUCGCCUCGUUUGCCUCUUCGCCUCCUUCAACUCCCGCCUGUGCUGCAAGUCCCUCCCAACAACAAGACUUCUACUGCGAGACCUGCAAUGCCACUAUCUUGUCUGCACGUCCCUGAGAGAUCGGAAGGCACAUGGCGAAUCAUGCGUAUGGGGUGGGUAAGCAGGAUGAAGUGACAGGGACAGGGGAGGAUUGGUUGAGUCAGCUUCAGGAGGCUGCUGGGUUGUUCAAGGAGGUAGAGGGGGUAAUGGAUAUGCAGGUGGUACACGAUGGCGUGGAAUGUGAGUACAAUGGGUGCGCAUGGAAAACGGGGGUCGAUGAUACGGUGGUUGGAAGUAUACGGGGUAGUCCGUCUUAUUAGAGUAUGAGUGUGGGUUGGUAUGUAUUUGCAAGGGUACCUUUUAGAUUUGGAUGACUUGCGAAGGAAGAGCGUCGGCGUAGGCUACUAGAAUAAUUUUAGCAUCGUAUUUAACCAUGA